AUGGCUUCCUUCCUCCCUGUCAACACCUCCGAAGACCACGCGAUGGAUGGAGCAGCUACACCUCGUGCGACCCCCAACGGCGUGCCGGUCACACCGGACGGCUUAUCAACGACGGACCAACAUCCAGACGGGGGUUCACACCACACAAGCCGAGGUAGCGACGCUUCAUCCCGCACGACCUUAACCCACGUCCGAACACCCUCCAUGUCUGACGAACCGAUGCACGAUUCCGAUGCAGAGCCAGAUGAUUCCGACCACGACCAGGAUUUAGGGAGUACUGCACCGCCCUCAAAAAAGAAGAAAGGCCAACGUUUCUUCUGCACCGACUUCCCUCCUUGCAACCUGAGCUUCACCCGAAGCGAACAUCUGGCCCGCCAUAUCCGAAAGCAUACCGGCGAGCGUCCCUUCCAAUGCCACUGCUCUCGCCGCUUUUCCCGACUUGACAACCUCCGACAGCACGCCCAGACGGUCCAUGUCAAUGAAGAAAUACCCGGGGACUCGCUGGCGGCCACGGGUACACGUUUUCAGCGUCAGGUCCGUACAGAUAGAGUGCGCCCACCUGGCCGAGCGCGGGCAGGCACAGCAGGCAGUAUAAAUGGGCAUAGCCGGGGACAUAGCAGGAACUUGUCCACCUCGAGUAUUGCGUCAACCACUUCGAAUUUCAGCCAACCUCCAGAACUUCGGCGGCGUCCCCCACCUCUAAUUAUGGCCAACGAUCCCGCAGCCCGAUCCCGAUUGGCAAUGGACUCCAUGGGCGAACCUCCGAGUACACCCCCAGGCCAGAUCCGUGGCGUUUCCGGCCCCUCAGCGGGAUCUCCAUAUACGCCUUCGAACAUGUUUGCCGCCGGAGGUGGAAGUCCCCAAUUUGCUUCGCCCAUGUCUUCAACGUCACAUGGGUUCUGGGAAGGUAGAACGGCUGCUCGUCGUCUCUCGGUACCGACAAGCAGCAAUCCGUUCCUCGCUCAGAAUGGUGGCACAUAUCCUCCGGUCUAUCCCAUCCCCGCAGGUGCGGCUUAUCCAAACGCUGCUGGGGUGUUUGCAAGCCCCACAAGCACCCACUAUUCUGUAUCCCGGGAUGAAGGUACACUCAGCGCAGCCGAAGCAGAGAUGCGUAGGAGAACGUGGCACCCUUCGUCUUACACGGGAUUUUCACGCCCUGGAACGAGUGGCUUGAAUAAUUAUCACACGCCCGAUACCGUGCCGGCAUCAUUUGGUGGAAAUGCAAAUGGAUCCGCAGAGAAUCCGCCUCGGCUUCCCGGUAUCGAGAGCUUUGACAAGGUGGUCUCUCAGCAGCGGCCAUUGACUCCUCCAACUCGGAAAACGAGCCCCAUGCAGAUUGACGGCCAUUAUCGCCCACCCCCAGGCCCCUCUAACCAUGGCUUUGGUGCUGGUUUCAAUUACAAUCAACCGGCUCACCGUCCGCCGCCACCCAUCUCCGGCCCUGGCCAUCGACGAGGCCAUGUGUCAUGGGAUAUGUCCUUGCACCAUAAUCUGACCGGAUUGGAUAUCCGAGAUCGACGCCCCUCGACUGCAUCCGCAUCUCAAUGGAGCCAGCAAACUAUUGCCGAACUCCAGAAUGUCUCUUCUCGUCCAUCGUCAUCUUACCAACCCGCAUUUGGACCAACGGCUGAGAGGAGCCCCGAAGAGUACCGGGGUCAUCGUCAAAGUCUUUCAACAAGUAGUCGACCGGCACGAACAUCCCCCGAGGAUUCUAGUAGCAGCGAGGGUGUUCACACCCCAUCCACUGCGUCGCUAGAGUAUCAUCCAGCGAUUGUACAUAGCAGCGGAUACAUCGAAACCAAUGACUCCUCGCUACCCUCGGAUCAUCCUCCACCGAUCUGUGGCCGACAAGCUUCACACGCCGACAACUUCCGAGCCACCAACGACCGGGAGCCUAGGUCCAACGUCUUCGCAGACUCUCCUGCCCGGAACUCGGGCAUGGGCCGUCUCGAAGCUCUUGUUGCCGUCGCCACAAGUGAGAACAAAGGAGCAGCUAAGCUGUUUCUGUAA